UACUGCAUUGGGACGCACUUGUACGCGCGUAUGACUAAAACACUCGACUUUAAGAGCUUUUUUUUCUUUCUUUAUUUUAUUUUAUUUUUUUUUUUUUCUUCAUCUUCUUUCCCUCUCGCUGAUAACGAUAGUUUAUAAACUGCCGAGAGACAAGUAAACGGCGCUCCGCUUCUACUUGAGCUCUCGUGUGAAAUGAUGAGCGUGCGUUUUCCCCGUGUGCGCUGCGCGUACGAGAAUUUAUCCGGGAGCGAAGCAUCAAGAGAAUUUCGGCUUCGAUUGCCAUCACCUUACACCGAUGUUUCUGCAGUUGCUUUCGUAACCUUCGACGCUUACUACACCCUCAAAGCUAGUCUCGGCCAGGUGGCCGGCGAUGAGGCGCGUGUGUAGGUGCAGCCCAAAAAAAGAAAAAAAAAAAAAAAUGAAAAUUGUCGCAAAUUUGACACUGGCCGUUCUUAUGCUCGUCCUAAUACUGUCGAUUUUCGUCGCCAACGUCGCCAAUAUCAUCGACGUCGAUUCGCACGCCUUCGACAAAGCCGUCAAUGUCAAGGGCAGCCUCGACGCGGAGUCGUCCACGCCGAGGAAAUACGAAAUCGGCGACUCCUCCGAUCACCUCCUGUGGUUUCUACAAAUAACAGACUUACACAUAAGCAUUUUUCGGGAUCCACUUAGAAUAACGGAAUUCAAAGAGUUUUGUGAUAUUACUGUUGGUUCGAUAAAACCUCCAGUUGUUCUUGCAUCCGGUGACCUGACGGACGCGAGAACAUCGGACAGGAUAGGCUCGAGGCAAUUUUUGGCAGAGUGGGAGCACUACAAAAAAGUUCUCGAGGACACGAGGGUUACGGAAAAAACGACAUGGCUCGACGUAAGAGGCAAUCACGACAACUUCAACGUGUUCGACGUGCACUCGAAGGAGAACUACUUCGCCAACUACUCGGUGCAGGGGAGCAAGCACCCGCGCUCCUACAUGCACCAGGUGCGCGUCGGCUCGGGGCUUUACAGCUUCGUGGCGGUGGACGCGUGCCUCGAGCCGGGCCCCAAGAGGCCCUUCAACUUUGUCGGUGCGCUGGACCAGCUCGAAAUAGACAGGAUCGACCGGAUGGUCAACGCCUCUAGGCAGAGUCACUCGGAGAACAUCGUGUGGUUCGGGCACUACCCCACGGCGUGCAUUGUCGCGCCGAACGAGGGUGGUGUCAGGGCAAUCAUUGGUAAAUAUGAAGAAAGUAUGAUGUAUUUAUGCGGUCACUUUCACACGCUUGGUGGCAUGGUGCCUAACAUGUACAGCUUACAACAGGCUGGCUUUCUCGAGCUGGAGUUGGCUGAUUGGAAGGAUAAUAGAAUGUAUAGACUAGGCGUCAUUGACCAUGGCCAAUUUUCGUUCGUGGACAUCGGGCAUCGCGAGUGGCCGGUUGCCGUAAUCACUAAUCCAAAGAACGCGCAAUUUGCAAUACCCCGUAAGGAGAACCUACAAUCUAUCGUCGACUCCACUCACAUCAGAGCUCUGGCCUUCUCGAUUGUCGAUAUCAAAUCGGUGAAGGUGCGCGUGGAUGGCCAAAAUUGGACCGAGUGUGGUCGCGUCGAGGGACCUCUGUACGCUGCAAAGUGGAAUUCCUCAGAGUACAAGACUGGCAUUCAUUACGUUGAGUUACAAGUUAUAGACGUUGAUGGGAGGGAGAGAGUCGUAAAACAUGCAUUUUCCUUGGAUGGGAGCAGACUGGCCUUUGGUGUUCUGCCGAGGAUCAUACUCAUGUCAAAUGUUACCCGCAUCUUUCAGAUACUGUUUGCAGUAUUGUUUGUCCUACUAGUUUUACCCUUGUGUAGCUUGCGCGCCUACCACAACAUUUAUCACCUAAUAUAUGGCAAAAAUAGCGGACCACCCAGGAUUCGUCUUAAAUUGUUGCAAUGGUGGUUGAAGAGCCAUUGGGUAUUAUCGACUGUCGACAGGCUGUUUUAUCCCCUCGUUUUGUACGCUAUAUAUUUACUCGUUGGGCCAUGGGUAAUUGGAGAAAUCAUUGACAAUCAUACAGGAGUUGUGUUUGCAUGGGGCACAUACGUUGGAAACUCAUUUCUUCCAGAAUCUUUUACUUAUGCCUACGGUUUCUUGCAACUACUUUCCUUUCAUCUACCAUUAACACUGAUUGUGGCACAUCGUGCUUCUAAACGAUUGGAGUAUUUGGAAAAACCCUGUAGAAAGUCUACCAGUAUUUUGCGGAAAUUAUGGGAACAUCUGCCAUUUGCACUAUUGGUUACACUGCAAUUGAUCAUGAUAUUUUUCUUCUGGUUGGCCUAUGGAACGUUUGCAACUAUUUUGUGCCCUCUAAGGACGUGGAGUUUGAUUUUGGCACUCACGUUGCAAUACCAAGUGUAUAAUAUGCCGCCAAAAUGUUUCAAGUCUGCUGCAACAGUUUGGUGUCUUCAUGGAUACUUGGGCUCAGAUAAAAAAGAAGAAAGCCAAGACAGAAUUCGAAGUGACUCAAACUAAACCGCAAUAUUAAUUAUUAGAAAAUUUCGAGUGGAAUGUAUGCUAAUUUGAAAAAUACUCUGCCUAAGUGACAGAAUAUUAGUCACAUUGAAAAGUAUAAAGCUGAGCAUUUAUGAAAAGUUUUUCUUAUUUUCAAAGAAAAAUAUUUUAUGAAAUUGUUAUUGAUUGUUCUAAUACACUUAUAGGUACUGAACUAAUUGACUUAAUCAAUCGAUCUAGGCAGUACAAUUUAACGUGGACUUAUAAAUAAGUUGAUUGAUUCUUUCAAACUAUGAUAUCUAUGAUAUUGAAACUUGUUUUUUAAUUUUUUAAUUUUUUAGAUGAAUUAAAAUUACAAUGAAUCAUUGAGCGAUAAAGAAAUAAAUUCGACAUAAUGUUAGACUAUAAGAAAAUUUGCUGUUGCGUGAAUCACGUUUUUGAAAGACUUUAAAUAACAAUAAGGAAAUUAUCUAAAUUUCUACCAAGAACAAGAAAGUAAUAAUUCAAUCCGUAUUAUCAAUCUAUACACAAAAUGUUAGUUUUAAUAAAAAAAUUUUUGUAAAAAGGAGUACGAGAGAGCAGGAGAGAGAGAUAUAGGUUUGUAUUUGUGA